AGGAGCAUUUCUGGACAGAUGUAGCAGAGUUUACUUUGUCAUUGAAGCAUCCUGACCAUCCUCUGAGUUCACGUCACUCAGUAGGUUUUCUGGCAGUCCUAUGUAAGGCGGUAGAUAACGCAAGGUUGUGAACAGCUGUGAAGAUGGAGGUCCUCUCGGGAUGGUGGCAGCGCUAUGAAGAAUUAAUGAAGGGAGCAGAUGCCAGAAUAGGGCAUUACCCCCUCAUGCACUCCCCGUUCCUGCCCGCGUCCAUCCUGCUGGGCUACGUCUACUUUGUUCUGUCCCUGGGACCAAGGCUAAUGGCCAAUCGGAAGCCCUUUGACCUCAAGCCAUUGAUGGUGGUCUAUAAUUUCAGCCUGGUUGCCGUGUCUGCUUAUAUCGUAUACGAGUUCCUCAUGUCGGGCUGGUUGACCGGAUACACCUGGCGCUGCGACCCCGUGGACGUCUCCGAUUCACCGAUGGCUCUGCGGAUGGUGCAGGUAGCCUGGCUCUUCCUCUUCUCCAAGUUUAUAGAGCUGCUUGAUACGGUCUUUUUUGUCCUGAGGAAGAAGAACGGUCAGAUCACCUUCCUGCACAUCUUCCAUCACUCCGUUCUGCCCUGGAGCUGGUGGUGGGGGGUGAAGUUCGGUCCAGGGGGUAUGGGUUCCUUCCACGCCAUGAUCAACUCCAUGGUCCACGUCAUUAUGUACUUCUACUACGGUCUGUCUGCUGCUGGGCCACGAUUCCAGAAGUUUCUAUGGUGGAAGAAACACAUGACGGCCAUUCAGCUGAUCCAGUUUGUCCUGGUCUCUAUCCACAUUACUCAGUAUUACUUCAUGGAUUCCUGCGACUACCAGUUCCCCAUUUUCGUCCACCUCAUCUGGAUCUACGGCACCGUCUUCUUCAUUCUGUUCUCUAAUUUCUGGUACCAGGCCUACACCAAAGGACGCCGCCUGCCCAAGGCCAGCAUCUCCUCCAACGGAGCCGUGCACCAGAACGGCAAGGCCAAGAACGGCAAAGCCAAGAAAAACUAAACCCAGACCAACGCCUGAGAUCCCUGAAACCUGUCCCAGGUGGAAACGUGGGAAGAUGUUGUCGUUUCUUUUUUUAAUUAUUCUUUUUCUUAAAACCGAGAAAACCAGCUGUACAAUGGCCAGUACAAGCUGCCAAACUGGUUUCCGACUUCAACUGGGGGCUUACACCAGCCAAAAAAAAAUAAAAAAUUCAAGUGCCUAAAAAAAAAAAAAACUGUAUGAAGCAAGUGUGUCUGACGUUCGCCCCGUCUGAGCUCCCUGUUCUCCAGCAUCGGAAAAAACAAAAGGGGCCGGCUCCUUCCAAAAACUCCCCCCUCGUCACUCCGUACUGUAGUCCUGCAACGAUCUCCAAGAAUCCGGAUUCCUUUGCAUCACAUUCCAAUAUCUCUUGUCACCUGGAAUGCGGGCCGGGGAGCAGCUCCUCGUAACUCCAGGCGCCCGGCCUCGCCCUGUAUUUUUAAUGGUUUUUUGCACUGGGUUUUAUUCUUUGUAGACCUCUGUGCCCAGCUUGCUAGAGGUGCAGGAAUCCUGAAAUACUUGAAUAUCGGGACCUUUGUUCUUUUUUUUGUUUUGUUUUGUUUUUUUACUGUCUAGGUCAUUCUUGUUUGAAGGAGGUGACAGUAUUUGUGUAAUUUUUUUUUUUUUAUGUAUUUUAGGUUAAAUUUACAUGAAUUUGCCUGAUUUGAAAGAGGGGGAGGAGGAGGGUUGUCUUCUUUCACGCUCCUAGUCCCGUUCACUACACCUCAUGCCUUCCUUCACCCCGUGCCCCGUCCAUACUGAUUGUCACUCAUUGCUACAUCCAUAGUAACACUGUAAUGCCGCUGUCCGCCACCUUGGGUGCAGCUUGUGACUCGCCUGAGCCUUGCGGCAGCAGAGGCUGGUUCACCAGGAUUAGGGGAGGAUUAGCGCCCUAGUAAACGAGAUGCUGGCAGCCCAGACAGGAGGAGCUGGACCGGGCCCGGAUCGCCGCGUAACUUAUCCGCAAGUCUGCCAGAAUAUUUAUCAGUUUUGUGUAAUACUAUUAAUAAAAGAGAUUUAUUGCACACGGUUUAAUUCCAAAGCUGAGGCUGUUGUAGAUGAUACUGUACCUGUGGUGGAGGCUCCGGGCGGUUAUGUACUAUGCAGAGAAGAUCGCACUUUGUGCCCCCCCAGGUGGAAAGCAUUAGCGCGCCGUCUAGUCACAGAGAGGU